GGAUGGAUCGGGCCAUGGCCUUCCAAUCGACAUCCCGACCACCUAGCUUGUUCUUGUUUAAUUUUACGGAGAUUUGACAACCUAUAUAUAAAGAAGCAAGUGUUUUCUGUGUGUUUGAGAGGCAGUGUUUGUGCGCGAGGCGUCAUUUCAACCAGAAAACAUUAUACGAUACGAGUUCCCCCACGAUGAUCACGGUAGGCUGAUUCAACAGCCCCCAGCAACGUUUCGACAGCCGUAUAUACACUACUUCGCACAGCUCAUGUCGAGCUUAUGUCUCCUCCAGAAAUCCAGGCCCCCCGUUCAGACGUCGCUGGGGAGACGUCUGUGCAAGUAGGAGAAAGCGAGGAAUCUCGAAAUGAUACAACUCCAAAGAAAGUGAGCAGCGAUGCUGAAUGAAGGUUGACGAGACUGUGCAGGUGUGGCUGAUUCCCCUCAGCAGAAGGAGGACACGGUAGAAGCUUCAAAUAGAGAUGAAGAACCUUCUUCACCCGUUGAAAUUGACAGACAAUCCUCCUCACAGCCACAGCAGCAGCAGCAGUCUAUUCAGUCUAAGCGCGGGAAUCCUGGCCAACUGCUCCAUGUUGACGUAGCAGGUGGCCAGCCGCCUCUCCCCCCUAAGAAAGACGAGCCAUACAUCGAUCCCACCCCUAAAACUCCGCAGGUUCCACGACCACCGGCGGAUAAGGACCUACCUGAAGUUCCUCAGGAUGACUUACUCGACGACAGUUGUCAACCCAAGGCCGAAAGUGAGGGGAGGAAGAGUGAAGAUUCUCAGUCGGAGAUACAGACAAUCAUAGAUCAAUUUUCGGAUGAGACCAGCAGCCUCCGUCAGGAAGAGAUCAUGUCUCCAAGACUAGAGUUAGCUGAUCAGUUUCGGACCAGCCAGGGACAUUUCCCUCCUCGGAAUUCAAGUUUAGAACAGCAGCCUGGAAAGCAAAUCGAUGAAUCAGCAGAUACCCAAGCCGCGUUAAGUUUAACAAGCACCGGCAGCAGUUGUCAAGCAAUGUCUCCUCCCGCUGUACCACCUAAGUCCCCGUCCCUGACCAGCGCAGGGAAACUGGUAGCCGUGGAAAAGUCUGAUACUCACCACAACCCAUCAACGCCGACGUCAACGGUUCCACCACCACCAGAACCAGAAGCAGAACAGCCAUUUGACUUCCAUCGCUUCCUGGAACAACUGCGACAUAGGACUGCUGACCCAGUAGCAAAAUUUCUCCGCUCAUUCCUGAAUGAAUUUGGAAAGCGUCAGUGGAUGGUUCACGAACAAGUGAAGAUAAUAAGCGAUUUCUUAGCAUUCAUCACUAACAAAAUGGCCCAAUGUGAGGUAUGGAAGGGUGUAUCUGACGUUGAGUUUGAUAACGCCAAAGAGGGAAUGGAGAAGCUUGUUAUGAACAGACUUUAUACCCAAACGUUUUCCCCAACCAUUCCACCGCCAGCAGCCCCCUCGCGAAGUAGAAGCCGAGGGAGGAGAAAGGAAUUAGAGAGGAUGCAUCAUCCCGGUAGACGUGGCCAGCACCAGGAAGACGUUGAGCGUGAUGAGAUUCUGGCCCAAAAAGUUCGGAUAUAUAGUUGGGUUCGCGAAGAACAUCUUGAUAUCCCGCCGGUUGGCCCAAACGGCCGCCGUUUUCUGCUUUUGGCUCAACAAGAGCUAUUGAAGAUAAAGGGCUACCGAGCGCCGCGUGAUAAAGUAAUAUGCAUUUUGAAUUGCUGCAAAGUUAUCUUCGGACUGUUACGCCAUGCAAAGAACAGCGAUACCUCGGCCGACUCAUUCAUACCUCUAUUGAUAUAUGUGGUUCUCAAGGCGAAUCCUGAACAUCUAGUGUCCAACGUACAAUAUAUUCUCCGAUUUCGCAACCAAGAAAAGCUGAGCGGCGAGGCGGGAUAUUAUUUGUCUUCUCUUUCUGGAGCCAUCCAGUUUAUAGAAACCUUGGAUAGGACAUCCUUAACUGUCAGCGAUGAGGAAUUCGAGCGAAAUGUAGAAGCAGCCGUUUCUGCCAUAGCAGAGCGUAAUCCAGACCCCGAGGAACCACCAUCCGUACCCGAAAAGCCGCCUGCUAGCAGGGCACGGGAAACAGCAUCACGGCCCUCUUUUGAAGGACACUCGAACUCGCGCCAGAAUGAGCAUUCGCCCCCCUACUCUCCUGUUUCCGACGAUAAUACCCCAGUUGCCGGAUUGCUACGAACCAUCCAGAAGCCACUGACAACAAUUGGUCGUAUAUUCUCUGAUGAUACAGAUCAUUCUAGAGAACGAUCACCUUUCAAUCAACAAAGUUCAGCGACUUCUGAGAAUGUGCCAUACAAUGGGCAGCGCCCAGACAGUGAUUCGUGGAGAAACCAGGAGGGAUCCAGGGGUCGUGAUGGAAAGUCACCAUCUCUAGCUACCCGCUUUGAAGCCCAGGAGGCUGCGGCCCGUCAAGCAAGCGCCGAGUCCGCGGAGGCUCGUCGUAUCCAACAAGCGGAGCACAACGAUGUUGUCGAGACACUCGCUGGUAUGUUCCCGAAUUUGGAUCGAGAUUUGAUCGACGAUGUCGUCACCAUGAAAGAAGGACGGGUUGGUCUUGCAGUUGAUGCCUGUCUUGCACUUAGCGCCGACUCUUGAAACAUUGAUGGCAUAUUGGAGCGGUUGUUUUCUUGAUAUGUGCAAAAUGCUACGAGCAUAACCGGGGAGUUAUGGUCGGAUAAUAAAUAUCAUGGAUACCCAUUGAAUACGCAGUUAUAAAUUGGUUUACUUCCUCGUACAAGCUUUCAUAGACCUGGCCCUGUGUUUCCCUUGUCGUUAGUCCUUCGAAAAGGCUGCUGGAGGCCUCACCAUCAGCACUGAGUAAGGUAGAACAAAAUAUAUCACCAGAUCCGUGUGAAGAAGUUGAUUUUAAGUACCGUGACCAUUUAAGCUUAAAUUUAAAUUGACUUCGGCAUCAUUUCGUGUACCUUUUCUCCCCUUUCACCUCGUCAAAGUAGAUAUCGGCCCACGAGCAUGAAAGAAAAAUGCCGGCAGGUUGCAUCAAUAAUACUCAGGCACAGCGUCUCUUGAGAUUUAUUUAAGAUAAAUGGCAAACUGCAAAGCCCUGUCUUCUCGGCCUAUUACAAGGCUUUAUUAAUAUUCAGCUGAACC